GUUUAGACAAUUCCACUAGCUUUUAAAAUUUCCUCUACCCAAAAACUCCCCAGUUCACUUCAUUCCCUUGUGAUAAUGAAACCAUCAGACCUAAAUCUUGUUAACUUAAUCUCCCUAUUAACAGUCCUAACUUGGUUUGGAUUAACCAUAAUAUUAUCAUACCAAACCUCAUGGACUUUCGGUAAUACUUUCUCCCUCUCCACGCUUUUCUCACUCCUCUUCUUCUCUUUCAACCACUGGCUAAUCCCGGGAGGUUUUGCAUGGUCAAACUACCACCAUCAUGACAAAAAGCUGAUCAGCAUCCGGGGCCCAAUGGGCUGGCCGGUGCUGGGGAACUUACCCGAAAUGGCCUCUCGUCUAGCCCACCGAAAGCUGGCCCACUUGGCGUCCAGUCUAGACGCGAAGCGGCUGAUGGCGCUCAGCCUCGGCUCCACGCGCGUGGUCAUCAGCAGCCACCCGGACACGGCGAAGGAGAUCCUCGCCGGAUCGUCGUUUUCCGACCGCCCGAUCAAGGAAUCCGCUCGGUUGCUGAUGUUCGAACGGGCAAUCGGAUUCGCCCCCGCCGGGUUCCACUGGCGGCACCUGCGGAGAAUCGCGGCCGUCCACAUGUUUUCCCCGAGGUCGGUCGCGGGACUGGAGGGCCUACGGCAGCGCGUGGCUGACGAAAUGUUGGCGCGCGUGGGGGUGCAGAUGGAGGAGAAAGGGGUGGUGGGAUUGAGAGGAAUGUUGCAGGAGGGUUCUCUAACCAACAUAUUAGAGAGUGUUUUUGGCAGUAGCAGUAGUUGUCGUUUUGGUGAGUUAGGGCAAAUGGUCAAAGAAGGUUAUGAGUUGAUUUCUACGUUUAAUUUGGAGGAUUAUUUUCCUCUGGGUUUUAUGGACUUUCAUGGUGUUAAGAGAAGGUGCCAUAAAUUAGCCGCUAAGGUUAAUACUGUUGUCGGCCAAAUAGUGGAAGGGAGAAAAACUAGAGAGAGUCAUGAGAAUAAUAGUAAUAAUGACUUUCUUAGUGCUUUGCUUUCCUUGCCUAAGGAGGAUCAGUUGAGUGAUUCCGACAUGGUGGCUAUACUGUGGGAAUUGAUAUUUCGAGGGACAGACACAGUUGCCAUACUUCUGGAAUGGAUUAUGGCCAGGAUGGUUUUGCACCAAGACAUCCAAGCAAAAGUCCAGCAAGAGAUUGACACGUUCGUGGGAAACAAUAGACACGUGCGAGACUCCAACAUUCCCAACCUCCCUUACCUCCAAGCCAUAGUCAAGGAAGUCCUCCGACUACACCCUCCAGGCCCAUUACUCUCGUGGGCCCGUCUUGCGGUCCACGAUGUCCACAUAGACAAGGUCUUCAUACCUGCCGGCACCACCGCCAUGGUCAACAUGUGGGCCAUAACCCACGAUCCCUCUGUAUGGAAGGACCCAUGGGCCUUCAAGCCCGAUAGGUUCAUUGAAGAGGAGGUGACCAUCAUGGGCUCGGAUACAAGGCUCGCACCAUUUGGGUCGGGCCGAAGGGUGUGCCCAGGAAAGGCGCUGGGCCUAGCCACAGUCCACGUGUGGCUCGCUCGGCUUCUGCAUCAGUACACGUGGCUUCCAGCUCAGCCAGUGGAUCUCUCAGAGUGCCUGAGGCUUUCUAUGGAAAUGAAAAAGCCAUUGGCGUGCCACGUUGUUCGUCGUUGCAACUUUGCUGCCUCAUAAAGAAAGCUAUAAUAUCGCUUUCUUUGUAUUUUAUCUUAUUAUCUUUAUGUGAAAAAAAAGGAAAAAUGUG